CAUCGCAUACUAAGGUAACAUCAUGAGACUGUAGAGGUCAAAGUUCAAGAAAUAUCGAACAACACGAAAGCAGAAGUUUUGGUGGAAGGUUUUUGUGCUUUUGAGAAUUUCUGAGAAGUUAAGAAGUCUUUAAUUGAGAAAUUCAAAUAGAUACUGCACAGGGGGACCUUUCGGCGUCAACUUAUGUUUAUACAGCUCACUUGUAUCAGAUGAUCCUAAGAUGGAGGAGGUAACGGAAGUCGCUGCAGAAGCUACGGAGAGUCCCCUGAAGACAGACAGUCACCCCUCUGACCUGGCAGCCACAAGUGGGGCAGCAGUACAAGCAGUUGACGAGGAGACGGUGUCUCUCCUGACAGACGGACUCAUCCGAAAACUUGGUCCAGAGACGGACUCUGUCAAAGACAAACUGGAUGAAUUAAUAAGGAACCAAGAGGUUAUGAUAGAAGCUAUGCAACAUGAAAACACAAGGUUCUCCGAAAGUGAAGCGACCAAAAGUCUUGGAGAGCUGUUGUCAGAGGCCAAGAGGUAUCACAACAAACUAGUCCUCAUCAGGAAAGAGAUGGUCGCUCUGCACGAGAAAAGUACCAAGUUGAAGAAGCGUGCGCUGAAACUUCAACAACAGAAACAAAAGGAAGACCUCCACAGGGAGCAACAGAAGGAGAGAGAACUGGAAAGAGAGAGACAACUCAUGGCCAGACCAGCCACUAAACCAGAACAAAGAUAGUUUAAAAUCAUAUUUCAUCUACCAACUUCUCAAUUGUUUCAAAAGAAAUAUUCGUCUCCUUUCUUUCAUUUCGAGGGGAAUAGUACUAAACGACCAUAACAAUGAAUAUUGAACUUACUUGUACUUGGGAGUUUUAAUUUUGUACAUUAGGGACCCUAUAAUUAUAUUGGAAAUUGACAUAAGUCAUUAGCCAAUGAAAUAGCUCCAUUCCUUGAACAAGCUUUCUGAUUGGUCAUCUUGCAAAGUCAUGAUCAUUGAUCUUGUAUUGGCAGUUUGUAGAUAAUGUUUUAUACCGUAACCAAUCAGAAUGCUUGUCCAAGAAAUGGAAUGUUCAUUGGCUUAGGAUUUAUGACAAUGUGGUCAAUUUCCAACCAACUUUCAAGCACAAAAUAAUGUACUUAAAACUAACUGUCUACCCUAACUGUUCAUUUUUACCCAUUUUACAACAAAGACAUGUUUAUAAAUGCAAAGAUUGGAAAAUAAUGUUUUAUCUUAAGGGCUUUAGAAAGAGAGCAGAUGACCAUUGAACAUUCAUUUCUGAGAAAUAUGAUUCAUCUGGAAUAUAGUUGAGAUUUAGCAAUCAAUUAUAAGAAAGGAAAGGCUUAAGCAAGGAAGUUCAUGUGUUUGCUAAGAAUAAAGACUAAAUAAUCUAAAUACAUUACCAGUUUCUGAUAUUUGUUGCAAUGGAAAAUUUGUACAGAUUUUGAGUAUACUAAGUAGUCAUUUUCUGUAAUAAUUAACAUAUUGGAUCAAUAGUAUUAAUUUCAGAUUGAAAAUUAUAAAGCUGAUAUAGUUUCGUUGUAUAUUAUGAUAUUAUCAUUAUAAUAUUAUUGUUACUUUACUUGCUGCUAUUUUCCAUUUUCUUGCCUUAGACCUAAACACUGGUCACUUCAUAUUUGGAAGACAAAAGAAAUUUUGAAUACUUCGGAUUCAAGUAUAUAUUUCCAUAACUACAAAUGUUAUGAUGUACACAAGUACAUUAAAACAAAGCUGUAUACUUCUUGAAUGAUGUGUGAAACGUAACUGUUCUGUGAGUUGAUGGAAUUUUUGCCUUUUAACAUCAUGUUCUUUUAUGAAAAAUAUCCUUCCAAAUAUCAAGAGUGAUCUGUGGGAUUUUUUUUCCCUUUUGGAAUGUAUAAAAAAUCAUUUAGGAUUAGAGCCAUGAAAAUCCAAUCCAUCGAAUAAACAAAACUACCCAAUUA